AUGCGCCUGCUCAACGCGUCCACCAAAUCGGUCAAAGGAUUUGUCGACUCCAUCCUUCAAUAUACUGUCCUUUCCCACACUUGGGACACAGAUGAAAUCACAUAUCAAGACAUCCUCGCGCCUGGAGGAACGGUGAAUAAGGCCGGUUGGGCAAAGGUUCACGGUGUCUGCGAGAAAGCCAAAGAGCAUGGAUACGAAUAUAUAUGGAUUGACACAUGUUGCAUCGAUAAGAGUAGCAGCGCGGAGCUCUCCGAGGCCAUCAAUUCCAUGUUAAAAUGGUACCGAUAUGCUGAGGUGUGUUAUGCUUAUCUGAGCGACAUGGUGCCCGCAAAGGGCGGGACCGUUCUCUCCAACGGCCGUUGGUUCACGAGAGGAUGGACACUCCAAGAAUUGAUUGCACCGGAACGCAUGGGGUUUUACAAUGCGGACUGGAACUAUAUUGGCGAGAAGGAAUCCUUCGCGGAUCAGAUUUCGACGAUCACUGGGAUACCCAAAACAAUCCUCGUUGACGCAUACAGCCUGUGGUCGACCAGCAUCGCAUGCCGGAUGUCGUGGGCUGCUAAGCGGAAGACCACUCGUGUCGAAGAUAUGGCCUACUACCUCGUUGGGCUCUUCGGCGUGAACAUGCCUCUCUUGUAUGGAGAAGGGGAGAAGGCGUUCUUGCGACUCCAGGAAGAAAUCAUCAAGAUCUCGGACGAUCAAUCGAUUUUGGCGUGGGAUCUGGACACCAACCCGUACCGUGUCUCCGUCCUCGCACAGACACCAUUCGACUUUCUGAAUUCCUCGAAUAUCAUACCAAUCCCUCGCAACCCUGAUCAUGGGCCGUUCACCAUGACGCAUAUGGGGCUGAGCAUCCGCCUUCCAAUG